GAGGCGCACCGUGUACCGGAUGUAGUGACAAUCAUCUAUUGCUCCUCAUGAGGGUAUAAGAACCUCUUCAUCCAAGUCCGUCAGGAGUUAAUGCGUAACUUCCAGGGCCUACAGGUUGAAGGGGUGGUGGACUCACCUUCACCAAUGAAUGCGGCCAUUGCCAGAAUGGCAACUAUUCUGCAGAUGACGUGCAUUGCGCUUAUUGUGUUUGGAGAUAAGUUCUGUGCCGCACUCAAUCGACCCACGCCGUUGUGGUACCACGACAUCCAACGGUCCAAGAUGAUGUAUCUUGGUAUUGUGUGGCUGGUCGGCAACUUCUUCGUGGCCCAACUCACUACCACGGGCGCCUUUGAAGUUGCGAUGGGAGAUGAGCUGCUGUGGUCAAAGAAGGAUACAGGGCAACUGCCAGAGUCUAUUGACUAUCUGAUCAGUCAAGUGUCGACUCGUCUGUACCAAUAAGCAACACGUCGUUAAUUAUUUGCGACGAGUUGACUAUUUAGUCAGUGAGCGGCAGUUAUAUUCUAUAGUGACUGUGCUUCGCAUAUACAUAUAUCGUUUCAACAGACGCUUGACAACACUAUCCUCUGCAAGCGUACAUCACCGCAACACCUCUAGUUUAGCACGCGGGAAGUGCUGAUAGACCUGGCAUUCACAUAGCAUCUCAUGAACCAAAUGCAUGUGUGUAUGUACAAAGCACCACAGUGUAGUCCGAACUAUCUUCAGAUCUCAGUAAAUCGCUUACCCUGACCUAUGACGGGAUGUUGAGAGAAAACAUUGUGGUUCAGCGGCACUAUUUCGUCAUAUAUGAGGGAAUAACGCCCUAGUAUGCUGAACACUCUUGCAUCCCCGACACUUCACGCACACGUGUGCACACAGGCAUGUGCUGUGCUCGUGUGUGAGCUUAUAUAGACUAAUAUAUAUAAAUGGCUGUGGGGGAUUGGAUAUCCUGGUGGGUGCGUAUUGGUCACAAACAUCGCCCAGCAAUGGAUAGUCUGACCGUAUCACAGCCAAGCGCCUGGGUGGCGAAUGCAGAAAUCUGGAAACUUAGAUCGGGACCACCAAACAAUUAUUAUUAAUAAAACUACAGAGUGCUUCUGCGAGUUUUGUUUAGAGGCGCAAGAUUCGUUCCACCUUUUUUUUAAACAAGUAUGUCCGCUUUAGGGUUUAGUUUAAAAUAAUCAAACCCUAACAUUCUCUGAAUUCUUACAUAUAUUAUGGCC